GACGCCAAACGCGUAUGUCAUCGCCGUCGCGAUGUACAUUGCGUGCUGCGAGAACGGCUUGGGGGAGCCGUCGGCGGUGGAGCUCGGUGUCGCCUACUACCUGAAGAAGAGUAGGGACAAGGAUUCCUACUAUUUGUCUCGGCGACCUACCAUUGCUGCGGGGAUACAUAGCUAUCCCAGCAAUGCGGGGGCCUACGAGACAAAGUUUUUCUUUUUCGUUUAUGACGGUCACCGCCACUUUCAGGAUCCAAGUAGUUAAUAGAACGACCAGCCAAGAAUUGCUCGCCGACCCGAACAGGCUCGUAUCUUUCGGGGUACUAGACGAGGAACAGCGGGACGCGAGGAAGCUUGUGACGACCGCGAACCUGCGGAAGUACGGUUUUUUCUCCGACAAGGCAUCGUUAGAACCCUUGGACGAGACCAUGCCCCCAAAGGAGUCCGGGCAGUCCCGCCGAGCGCCAUUUGUUUUCCCUCGAUCAAGGAGAGAGAGGAAGAGGGAAAGGGAGGCCGAAGCUGCUCGCGCCAUUCUCGCACAACCGCUGCGAACUUCUACGACUUCGCAGCCUCGUCCUGCACAAGAAACGACCAGAACAGAACAGGUCGCUCCAGCACCUCCUGCUCGCCCCAGGCGGAAGGCUCCGGCCCAAAGGUCCAAGAAAAGGAAACAGGUCCAGGUCGAAGAAUCUGAGACCGAAUCCGAGGAGAAGCCCCUCAGGACGCUCCAAGAAUCCAGGAGGCCGGGAAAGGAACCCGCGAGCGGGGCGGUGACUGGCGACAAGGCGAAGGACGCCCCUGUUCUGGACUCGUUCGGGAGUCUGCCCGAGUACUUGCAGCCAANAACAAUUUCACUUCAUUCUUCUUUUCGAACUGCUAUAUUUGUCUUCUCGAAAGUUGAUUUGUUUGUUGUCGUGUCAUGGUCACAAUGUUCAACACCACGCUUAGUAACAUCUGCCACUAAUACCUAUAAUUCACCUUCUCCUUCACUUUUUUGGUCUAUGUCAUCUUCUCCACCUGUUGCCUGUUGUUGA